CAGUAUCGUCGUCCCUUAGAAAAAGGCUGCCGGUAAAUGGGAUAACUGCUGAGAGAGAGAAACCCUACCGCCGAAAUCAUUAUUUCCCAAAACGCCGCCGCUUCAUAUUGUAGCUUAAGCUCGCAUCAGGAAGUUUCACUAGUGCGUUUAUUCUUCAAGUAUCUUCCUGUGCAAUAACGAUGGCUAAGAGGUUCGCAACACAGCUCUUCGUCAGCAGACUAUCUGGUUACACAACAGAUCAAUCGCUAAGGCAGCUGUUUUCACCCUUUGGUCAGAUUAGAGAAGCUCGUCUUAUUAAGGAUUCGCAAACACAGAGACCUAAAGGUUUCGGCUUUGUGACUUUUGAGUCUGAGGAUGAUGCACAAAAGGCAAUGAAAGCUUUAGAUGGCAAGAUAGUUGAUGGCAGAUUGAUAUUUGUAGAGGCUGCGAAAGAAGCAGAAUCACUAGCAACAGAUAUGAACACAGUAACAAAGCUUGAUGAGAACACACAGGGUCAUUACAAAACGAGUUAAGACUCUUCACCAAAAUCAUUUUACACUGUUGCAUUUCGAAAGAGUGAAUGUAGCUUCCUGAGCUAGGGCGACAGAUCUUAAAUUCCAUUUCAUUUUAAGAAUGUAUAAUCAAUUCUCAUGUAAACCUGCUUUAGGUUGGGCAUAUCUGACUCUGAUGUGUCUGCUUUCAAGUAACUAGUAAUUUUUUUUUGGUUUGAAUGUCUUUUAUGAAUUUGUUGUGUACAAACCUGAUUCUUAAUCAAAUUGCACGAAACCAUUAAAGGAA